AUGGGGCGGCGUGUGAGUCGCCUAACUCCUUCACCUCCAGCUGCUACCCAUCUUCUCCGCCGCCAUACGCUAGUUUACCCGCUCUCCCAUCCUCAAUUCCGCUCCGGAGCAUCUUCCCCCACCUGGUGCACCGCGAUUCGUUGGCAUCACACGGACCGAGCUGAUGUCGGGACUGAGGGAGCAGAAGAGACGGCGGCACGAUCUGCCGGAGCUGGCUGCAGCGACAACGAGCAGCAGCAGCAGCUCCAGUACUGCCUCGUUGUUAUGGGUAAGCGAUAUCCUGGCUACCAACAACCCACCCAGACGACAUUCUUCCGAGACUCCCUUGAGAAGAUGUGCGACAUCCUUCACAGGAUCCGGGGAGCUAAGAAGAAGAAGACAUACUUGGUAGAUUUUUAUGUUUGCGGGGAUCAGGCUGCGUUUGGUUGCAAGAUCGACACAGAGAUGGCAAAAAAACUUAAAGGAAUGCCUGAGGUUGCCGAUGUCAUUCAGUGCAACAGCGAGCCUGCCAGUGGUCGUGCUGACCAUUCUCACUUGACGGCCGACUCUUGCUUCGACAAUAAACGGCAGGUUCCUAACUGGAUCAUUAGUAUGGGUCAGCCCUCUGGCGAGGAACUCACCGAGCAGCAAAGUGUGGACUUCUCCAUGAAGAAGUUGGUCCCGAUUCUUGACAGCCUCCUGAACAAGUACAGCUUAGAAAUUUUAAUCAACGAAGAUGAGGUUGCCUUUGGAUGCGAGAUCCAUGAGGAGACUGCGAAAAAGCUGAAAGGAAUGCCUGGUGUCGUCGAGGUCAUUCAAUCGCCCCGGACCCAUUCUGCAACCUGCUUCUUUGAAUUGUCGGAAGAUGACUCUUGUUCUGAUGAAGAGAUGGCGGACUACGAGCCUCUGCCUCAAUUCCCUUCCUCAUUCUCUGAUGUUAUCGGUAAUCAGAAAAAACUGAAUCACUGGAUGAUUUUUAAGGAAAAGCCACGUGACAGGGUGCUCACCACGGAUAGGGAAAUGAUGGAAUACUCCCUUGAGACGUUGGCCCCUGUUUUAUCCUAUAGAGUAAGAAGGGAGAAGGGAGCGAAGCCGAAGGUAAAACAGGAGUUGGCCAUUUAUGGUUGGGACCAGGUCUUUGUUUUCGGACUGGAUAUGGAAGACGAGCUAGUGGACAAGCUUAUAGGAAUGCCUGGUGUCGUCGGUGUUGUCCGCAAAGGUGAUCAUGAGUGCAUGAAGUUGACAGAAGUGAACGUAAUGCCCUAUCCCUUUCCUUUCAAGGUGAAGCUUUAUUUGAAGUCAGAACAAACCGAAGGGUUGUUUACUUUAGAUAGACAGAGGAUUGCUAACUUAGGUUUGCCGAUGCAGGGGAUCGGCGGUAAUGGUUUGCUGAUGCAGGGGAUCGAUCUCUGA